AUGGAUAUCUACGACAUUCCGAACCUCCCCAACGUCAGCGAACCCCGAAGUCUGUCACAUUCAAGUUCCCAUGGCUUGGCCUCAGUCAUCUUGUACAUUGCUCUCGUUCUCGCUGUUUUUAGCGGCAUCUAUUGGUGCAUUCAAGAUUACCGUUUCUUCCUAUCCUUAGGACGAGGUGGUCCACAAUACAACGCCGUCGGCUGGUUCAAGGUGCAUAUCAUGACCAGACCUUUCACCCUUGCUCAGCAAGAUCAAACCUGGACCGGUGAUUAUCCCGAUGACGGCGCUCGCAAAGAGAUCAUGGCACUGCCGAUACGUCAAGGUCCACGGCCAAUUAUCAGAGGCAUUGCUCCUCAGAGACAAUUCGAUCAGCUACCAGAGCCGGAAAUGAAUCUGCGUGUACUUGAUAUCUUCUCAUCCUUUGUCAAAGCCAAUCCUCAUCUACUGCAAGAACGGCUCUCACAUGCCGAGAAACACAACCUUGCGCUAUUUGUCCACCCAAGCCUCAUGUCUAAGCCCGACAACCUGCCAGAGGUUGCGCCGAUAUUCAAGGGGGAAAUAGGGCACGUUCACGGCGAGAGCUCGUUACACCUAUACUUCUCACCCGCCGAUGCCAAGAUCAUCAUCGAAAAAGGGUGGGCUGAACGACAUCGCUGUGCAAGGACUCAACCCUGGUGGUUUGGUGGCAUCAAAGCUAUGUGGGGCAUUGGAGACUCUUUCCUAAUCGUGUAUGCUCCGAGAAACGAAGCCGAGUUGGAAGUCUUGAAGACUUUGAUCAGAGCGAGCGCCAUGUGGAUGACGGGCGAACAACCAAUCGUCAAGCCUUGA